AUGGAGGAAGAACUGGAUCAUGACCUAGGAGAAACAGGAUCAUUUGGAGCACUUCUGAUGGUUCAGACUGAAAAGUUAGAAUGGGGGGGGGGGGGGGGUUUAAAAGGUGGUGGGGGAAAUUCGAAAUCCGAUGGUCCAGUUGAAUGGGCAUUAUGGACAAUGAGAGAAAUGAUAAAGAAUGAUAAGGAAGCGAAAUUAAAGUUUAGGAGAUGUGGAUUGAAUUCUGCGGUGAAAAAGUUGCGAAGAAAGGAUAACAAGGCAUUGAUGGAUUUGAGGUCGGAGGUCUUGAAAAGAUAA